CCCCUCCCGCGCAUGCGCAGUUGCCGCCAUGGCGCCGCUCCGAGUCCAUGUCCUUUACUGCGGAGCCUGAGGCUACAAACCCAAGUUUGUGAAACUGAAGCAGGAACUGGAGCGGCGCUUCCCGGGAGCCCUGGACGUGAGCGGCCAGGGCACCCCGGAGGUGACGGGAUGGUUUGAGGUGACCGUGGGGGGACGCCUGGUCCACUCCAAAAAGAACGGCGAUGGCUUCGUGGACAGCGACCCCAAACUGCUCAAGAUCGUGGCCGCCAUUGAGUCCUGCCUGGCCUAGGCCCCGCUAGGGGGGCUCCGUCGCGACAUGUCGCGAUAUAGCGCGAGAUAGCAGCAGAUGUCACGAUAUAUCGGGAGGUAUCGGGAAAUAUCAGUGAAUAUCGUGAUAUAGUGCAGAUAUCAGCGGAUAUAUCGCGAUAUAUUGGGAAAUGCCCAUGAAUAUCGCGAUAUAGUGCUGGAUAUCGGCGGAUAUAUCAGGAAAUAUCGGGAGAUAGCAAAAGAUAUCACCAGAUAUUGUGAUAUAUCAGGAGAUACUUGGAGCUAUCAGGAGAUAUCGCUGGAUAUCACGAUAUAGCAGGAGAUAUCGCUGGAUAUCAUGAUAUAUUGGGAGAUAUCUGGAGAUAUCAGGAGAUAUCACGAUAUAUUGGGAGAUAUCAGGAGAUAUCGCUGGAUAUCAUGAUAU